AUGGGGGGACUGAGGACAGAGCUGGGGUGGGACUGGUGCUGGAGGAACAGAGACAGGCUCUGCACCCUGCAGCACGGCGCCCUGGGCACCCAGGUGCUGCUGCAGUGCCCGGCGGCAGCAGGGGGGGCAGCUGAGUGGCGCCGGGGUGACGCUGUCCUGGGCACACAUCCUGCACCGGGGCUGGCCCUCCCCAAUGCCAGCCUGGCCCACGAGGGCCACUACAGCUGCCACCAGCCUGGCACCGGUGAGACCUGGGCCACCAUCUGCCUGCGGCUGGGCUACCCCCCUGCACUGCCUGACAUCGAGUGCUGGGCCAUCAGCUACCCGCAGGCUGUGAACUGCUCCUGGGUCCUGGCCCCCGAGCCGCUGCUGGACACCCAAUUCGUGGCCACGUACAGGCAUGGCACAGAGGUGGGUGAGUGCAUCCUCACGGGGCCACGGAGCUGCUCCUUUGGGGACGUGCAGAUGUUCUCCCUCACCCCCUACGUGGUGAAUGUGACGGCCACGAACCCCCUGGGCACUGCCUCCACACUCCUGCCCUUCCUCCUGGAGAACAUCAUAAAGCCAGACCCCCCUGAGGACCUGAGGGUCUCACCCAUCCCCGGGGAGACCAAGAAGCUGCUGCUGGAGUGGAGCCCACCAGGGUCCUGGCCCUUCCCAGAUUACUUCCCACUGAAGUACCACAUCCGCUGUGCCGGGGAGGAUGGCUCUGUCACCAUGCUGGAGGCAAACGAGCAGACAUCUUACACCCUGACGGGGCUGCGACCUGGGACCCUGCACCACAUCCAGGUGGCCUCCAAGGCCUUCACAGACUCCGGGGAGCUCAGCGCCUGGAGCCUGCCGACCUCGGGGACGCCCUGGAUGGAGCCCUGAUGGGCAGAGCAGCACCGGCGUCCCCUACCCCAUCCUGCUCCUCUCCCUUGUCCCACCCGGGACCCCCACAAUGCCCCAACCCCUGCCUGUCCCCAUGUCCCCCAGCAGCGUGCAGCCACCAGUGCUGGAGGGCAAUAAAGC